AUGAAGACAAGAGAGACAGAAGGGCCUUCUGUUUGUGGCGGGGAUAGAAGCAGCAAGGGCGGCUGCAGCAACAGCAGCAGCAGCAGCAACAGCAGCAGCAAAACCAGCAGCGCGUGCGGUAGCAGCAGCAGCUCUAACGGCGAUAAAUGCAGUAGCAGCAGCACAAGCAGCAACGACUGCAGCAACGGCGCUGCCCUUGCAGAGGAAGCAGCUAAUAAGGAACCUGCAGGCGCAGCAGCAGCAGCAGCAGCAGCAGCAGGAGCAGGGGAGGAUGCGAUUCGCACCCCAGAACGGGCAUCAUCUGCUCCAGCAGCAGCAGCAGCAGCAGCUGCUGCUGCUGCUGCUGCUGCUGAGGCAUCAUCUUCUGCUUCUACGCGCAAGCGCCGAAGGGGCACAGAUGACUCGGGUGUCUGUCUCCGUGCAGCAGGAGCAGCAACAGCAGCAGCAGCAGCAGCAGCAGCAGCAGCAGGAACAGCAGCAGCAGAAGCAGCAGCAGAGAGUGAAACGGCACCAGCAGCGGUUGAAGCGGCAGCCGCCGCAGCAGCAGCAGCAUCUCCCGCAACAGCAGCAGCAGAAGCAGCAGGCAGCAGCCCUUCCGAGCUGUCUCCUAUAAAGAGGCAGCGGCGGCGCAGCCACGGAGGGGGGGCCCUUGCUGCUGCUGCUGCUGCAGCAAGGCUGCUGCUGUGUCAGUCUAAUGCAGACACAAAUGAAGUGCUGCCUUCUUUGGGGGCCCCUGCGUUAUCUGUGGAGGAAACAAAGCUGCUGCGGCAGCAGCAGCAGCAGCUGCUGCUGCAGCAGCAGCUGGAGAAGCAGCGAAGGGAACGCGAAGAAAAAGAAAGACAGAUGCAGCAGCAGCAAGAGGAAGAGAGACGCAAACAGCUCAAAGAAGAAGAACGCAGACGCAAGCAGCAGCAGCAAGAGCAAGAGAGGCUGCAGCAGCAACAGCAGCAGCAAGAGCAAGCGAGGCUGCAGCAGCAACAGCAGCAGCAGCAACAGCAACAGCAGCAGCAGCAACAGCAAGAGCAGCAGCAGCAACAGCAGCAGCAGCAAGAUCAGGAGAAGAUUCAGCAGCAGCAGCAGCAGAAGCUUAGCCUCGGGUUCUCCAGCGCUGGUGGCUUCGCGCCUACCUUGGCAGCACCUCGUGCAGCUGCAGCAGCAGAAGCAACAGCAGCAGAACCUGCUGCAGCAAAGCCGCUCUUCUCCCUUCCUGCGGCUUUCACGCCUGCUGCUGCUCCUGCAGUUACUGCUGCUGCUCCUACUGCAGCAGCUGCUACCGCUUUUGCAGUUGCGACUGUUGCUCCUGCUGCAGUUGCAGCCGCUGCUGCUCCUGCUGCAGCACCAGCAGCAGCUGCUGCUGCUGCACCUGGGGGGCCUUCAGCGGAAGGACUCGAUGAAGAAAUGGGAGGCAGCAAAGGGGGCCGAAGAGUGCUGCGAAUUGUACGCAAGAAAGACCCACUGCAGCAGCAGCAGCAGCAGCAGCCACUGUUUCAGUUCUCGCAGCAAAAGGCUGUGCAACCGACGCUGCAGCAGCAGCCCCUGCUACAGCAGCAGAAGCAGCCCAUGUUUGGCCAGCAGCAGCAGAAGCAGCAGCAGCAGAUGCUGCAGGGCGGGGGCGGCGCUUCUGGUUUCGGGAUGUUCCACCAAAUGCAGCAGCAGCCCCAGCAGCAUCAGCAGCAGCAGCAGCUACUGCAGCAGCAGCCCCAGUGUCUGCCUGGAGGGCUGAUACCUGGAUUUGGGCCUGCUGCUGCUGCAGCAACAGCGGCAGCGCAGCCUGGUGCUGCUGCAGCAGGAAACUGCUUCGUAAUGGGCAGCAGCAGAAGCAGCAGAGGCAGAGGACGAGGCAGGGGACGCCGCUAA